AUGCAGAUGGGUCAGAACAUUCUGAACAGCAGCUCCAUGCCCUCCUCGUUCCUCCUGAUGGCCACGCCUGGACUAGAAGAUCCUUACGCCUGGAUCUCCAUCCCGCUCUGUCUCCUGUUCCUCACCUCCUUUGUGGGUAAUGGGCUGGUCCUCCUUGUGAUCAGUCAAGAAGUUAGACUUCACCAGCCCAUGUACUUGUUCCUGUCCAUGUUAGCCAUCACUGACCUCUUAUUCUCGCUGUCCACGAGCCCGUCUGUCCUGGGAGUCUAUUGGUUUAACUCUCGGAAGGUGAGGUCCCAACUGUGCCUCUUCCAGAUGUUCCUCAUGCACUCUCUCUCUGUCAUUGAGUCUGCUCUCCUCGUAGCAAUGGCUUUCGACCGCUUUGUGGCCAUCUGUCAUCCCCUGAGAUACACGGCCAUCCUCACCAAUCCAGCCGUAGGCAAGAUGGGUCUGGCCUCAGCGAUACGAGGGACGUUAAUCCACCUGCCGCCGGUCGCGAGCCUCAAACUUCUGCCAUAUUGUCACGGUAACGCUUUGUCCCAUUCGUACUGCUUGCACCAGGAUGUCAUGAAACUGGCCUGUGAAGGGACCAACAUCUUCAACAUCACCUACGGUUUGGCGGUCAUAAUAUGCACGGUUACUCUGGAUUUAGUUCUGAUUGUACUUUCUUAUCUGUUGAUCAUCAGAGCGGUGCUGAGUAUCACCUCGGAGACGGAGCGUUACAAGUCGUUCAACACAUGCGUGUCCCACCUGUGUGCUGUCUUCCUCUUCUAUGUCCCCAUGGUAGCCCUGUCCAUGAUUCACAGGUUUGGGAUAGACGUUCCUCCUCUCUUUACCAGUUUCAUGGCUAAUCUCUACCUCUUUGCCCCACCGAUGCUCAACCCGAUCAUUUACAGCAUCAAAAGCAAGCAGAUCCGCAGAGGCUUCUACAAGUUUUUUCACCCCACGAGAGAGACGCCUCUGAAUCCGUGA